ACCGCAUGUGUCGGAGACCUACUCGAGGUUUUAAAUGAUAUUCAUUCUAAAAUAUAGGAAGACUAUCUGGCUGCUACAUGUAUUCUCCGAUCUUAUGAAAUUUUGAAUGUGGCCGGAGAACAACAUUUAUCUGUGGCAGCGAUAUUGCUUGAGCUGUCAAAGCCUCAGCAGGACACAUCUCAAUUCGGUAUACACGGUCUUGAAGAAAAAUCGGGCAGCUAUGGAAGGCUACAUAUUGAAGAUCUGCGGAUUGGCCUUCACAAAUGACAAUGUUUCGGCACGGGUGAACGCCUUCGGUCCUCUAGCCUUCUGUGGCCGAUACAUAACUCUACAUCAUCAACGUGAAGCUCUUGUUAACAUGCUGCAAGAUGUCAGUUUCCCGACAGGAUGGCCAGUACAGCCGAUUAUUGAAGACUUGAACGACAGCGGGUAAGUGAGGGACGACUCUUGGAAACUCAAUGUCAAGCCGAUCUUGCUGAUCAAAAUCAUACGCAUUCCCAAAUUUCCCCUCCAAAUACGACUCCUCAACAUCUUUCUCUGGCACAUACCUCCCCUGAACCACUAAGUCCCU